CAUGCUCAUCUUCAGAUGUAACAAUGAAAGCGUUCAACUUCCUCUUUCUGCUGUGUCGAACAUUAACCAGUCAAAGGAAAUGCCUUGUUUGCAGACCGAAGAAAGGUUUACCUCUGGCUUUGCUCAAGAGCUUCUGCUGGCAAGAGAGACAGAAUCCCCCACUGUGGUCCUGAAGAGCAACAGGAACCUGACACUAACACCUGUGUCUGCGUGCUCCCGGGAGGUCCUCCAGAUGGUCGGAGAGGUGGAGGGGCUGGAGGAGCCGACAGCACUGUGGAGAAGAGGAGGGCAUGUUGGCAGGGAGCUGAAGAGGCUUCAGCAGAGAGUACGAAACACCCUGGACGCCUGGCUGGAUUACUAUCGCGUGGCCAUUGGUAUCAAGUGUCCUGACAUGAAGCGGAUGCCAGAUGCCCCACUGAGGACCAGGCUGAGGAGGGAGGUACAGUCAGCUGCUCUGCCCUCUCUGAACCCACCUGAGCAGGCAGAUGCUAAACCAGUCCAGCCUGAGGAGGGCACGAAUGAGUUACAGGAGCUGCACGGGGUGUCACCAACACCAGCAGAAAGACCUCUGGACUCCUCCGUUAAGCUGCCAAGGACACGAAAAACACGAUCAAAGGAGGAGCCUCGUGUCACACAGAUAGGACCCCUUCAAAUUCAUGGCAACAUCAAUCUUGAGUAAGAUGUACUAGUGUUACUGACAGGCACAGAAAUACAUUGAAAUGUUACUGCGUAGAAAUGACAUUUACUGCAGUUUACAACAGCAUGAGUAUAUUUACACUGACAGCUUCACUAUCACCCCCACCCUGCCAGGUCAGUGAUUAUUCCAAACAGUGCAGAUUUGCAGCCCUCCGCUGUCACCCGCCGUCCACCCCCGCCAUCGUUCACCCCCUCCACCCCCCUCACAGUGUGCCCCGCUCUGCUGAGAGCUGCCCUGCUGGGGGAGGGGGGGCGCAGGCGGUGCUGCUG